CCGCGCCGUCCUCUCACGCAUGACUCCCUCCCGGGUAUAUCACUUCCUUGUUGCCCACUAUGGCGGUUGUGAGGACUCUGCUUGUGUGGGUGGCUGUGGCAGAGUGUUGGGUACAGCAUACGACAGGUUCCUGUCCAACCGGAAAGUUCGGGGACUCCUGCUUCUACUCCUGUCACUGUGGAGACUCUUGUGACCAGACAACAGGAGUUUGUGGAGGCGGCUGUGAUGCUGGUUGGGUGGGAGGACAUGAAGCUACCUGCCAGAAAGAAAACGUGGCCUACAAUAAACAUGCAACGACUCCUUCUGGACUGUACUACCAUGACCCUCCCUGGUCUGCAGACAAAGCUGUAGAUGGGAACCGGGACCAGGAUGUAUUCAACAACUCCUGUUUCCACUCUGAGUUUAAGGACUCUAAAGCUGUGUGGACAGUGGACCUGGGACAGCCGUACAUGAUACACGACGUCAGGAUAUACAACCGGGCAAGAUAUAUUGCCAGACUCCAAACUGCUGUCCUCUCUCUGCGUAAUUACUCCACACCCGGCGCCACCUGCUACACCUUCCCCUCUGACACAGUCGAAACAAGCAACAGCGUGUACGACGUGACGUGUAACGGCACAGGGAGAUACUUCACCAUCACACACAAAAAACAGACACUUAAUCUGUGUGAAGUGGAAAUCUUUGUCUGCAGUAACGGAACCUUUGGCGAACUUUGCAACCAUUUCUGCCAUUGUUCUGACGGGCCUUGUGGCAGAUUCAGUGGGGUUUGUGCUGGAGACUGUAGACCAGGGUGGCAGGGACAAAACUGUUCUACUGCGUGUGAUAAGGACCAAUAUGGCGUCAACUGUAACGAGACAUGUGGAAACAGGAAAUGUGCUGCUGCUCCGUCGUCAUGUGACCGGCAUACUGGGUCAUGUGAUACUGGGUGUCUUCCUGGGUGGACAGAGGUGGACUGUAAACAGGAAUGUUCCCCUGGGACCUAUGGGCAGAACUGCAGCUUGCUAUGUACUGACAGGAACUGUGCAGGAAACUCGUCAUGUGAUCACGUGACAGGAAAAUGUGUUACUAGAUGUAAAACAGGAUGGAUGGGCAUAGACUGUAUACAGGCUUGUGAACCUCAUCGUUAUGGUCCAAACUGUGAUAAGGCCUGUGCCUCCAGACACUGUGUGGGGAACUCUUCCUGUAACUCAACAGGGGGCUGUGACAGCGGGUGUGAGACAGGGUGGACACUAAACGACUGUACAGCCUGCGACAGUCAACAUUACGGAGAUAAUUGUGUCAAGACCUGUUACUCCAGACACUGUAUAGGGGACUCAUCCUGUAACACAACAGGGCACUGUGACAGCGGAUGUGAGGCAGGGUGGUCACUACCUGACUGUACAGAGGCCAUUGCAUCAACUGGACCUGAUCCCGAUGACUCCAUACCAACAUACGUUGGGGCUGCAGUGGGUGUCAUCCUGGCGGCCCUUGUGCUGGUUCUCAUCAUUUUCAUCAUAAGACGCAGAAGACAAAGGGAAAGGAAACAUUCUAAUGAUGGACUUGUCCAGAGACCUCGAAAGGAGUCUAAGGCACAAUCAGAUGCAGGAAAUGUCUAUAUGAAUGUUGGAUUCGCUGAAGAGAAACAAGCUCAGGUCCAGACGAAGGGAUCGGUUGGAAAACGUCCAAGUGUGGUAACUUUAGAGGAGGAGGACGAUGAUGCACACGCUACAAAACAACAAGGGGAAGCACCGGAAAUCUCUGACAGAAACUACUACAACCUGGAUGAUGCUGGCGUUGGUCAUGUGAUCUCUGUGUCUUCUCUAGAGGCAAAAGUUAAAGAUUUUGAAGAAGUACCACAACUGGUAGAAGGGGAAUUCAAGCGUCUCCCAGAUGGCUUCAUUCAUCCUUACGGGGAAUCACAGAUGCCCCAAAAUAAUGGGAAGAACAGAUUCAAAGGAUAUUAUCCAUAUGACAACAACCGUGUGGUACUGCAGGAUGAUGGUGAUAGCGGAGAUUACAUCAACGCUAGCUACCUGGACGGCUACAAAAGAGUCAGACGUUAUAUAGCCGCACAAGGCCCCUACAACUCUCAAGUGGUGGUCGACUUCUGGAGAAUGAUCUGGAAGGAGGAAUGCAGAACUGUUGUUAUGGUAACUGGUCUCGUUGAGGGAGGCAAGGUCAAGUGUCUUCGGUACUGGCCUGAGAAAGGCACCAAGACGUUUGGAGAUGUUAUGGUGACAAUGGUAUCGGAGACACGACUGUCAAACUACACAAUCACAGAGCUGUCUGUGGAGAGUGAAAAGGAAUGCAAGAAACGGGACGUUCACCACCUCAACUUCACCAGCUGGCCAGACCAUGGUGUGCCGGACACUGCUGCCCUGCUGGACUUCAUGUGGAGGACCGAAGCCAUAUCUGGACAACAAACAGAGCCGAUCGUGGUCCAUUGCAGUGCUGGUAUCGGUCGGACAGGGACGUACAUCGCUAUCGAGAGUCUUGUGGAACAGGCAAAGUCAGAGGGUGUUGUGGACGUCGUUAGCUUCGUCUCCAACAUGAGAGGGCAGAGGAAGAACAUGAUUCAGACAAAGGAGCAGUACCUGUUCGUGUACCAGGCGGUGGCGAGGGCGGUGACAGAGGGUGACACGUCACUGGACGCUGACGUCCUCAGGCAGAUGGAUCUGGAUCACGUGUCUGUCAACUUUGGAAACAGGACUAUACAACAACAUCUGGAGGCGUUGAGGAAUGUACACGAAAGAAACACCGAGGGCGUCAACGUCAGAAGCGUUCACUCUUACACAAAGCGUAAUGGCUUCUUCAUAAUGACGUCACAUCCGGACAAGGAGGAAGUUUGGAAUCAGGUUUACAACAGUGACUCGCACUGCCUGCUCACGUUUGCUGUCGGUGAUCUGAGUUAUCUACCAUCAGUUGAUAGUCCCAUUACAACAGAGAGGCUUGCAGUGAGCAUGCGCAGUUCCACUGCUAUGUCUCAUGACAUUUUGCUGAAUACAAUUGAUAUCAAUAUAAAGGACUGUGACGAUACUACCACCAUACAGCACUAUCACAUCACAGGCAGUGCACGAGACCCGAAUAUCAGCUGGCUGAUUGACAGUUUCCUUACAUGGACUAGUGAUCCACAACGAAGUUCCAGCACUAUCAUCUCUGACUCUGUGACCGACUGUCGUCUCCUGGUACUAUUGCUGAACAUCGCCAGCAGACUGCAGGACGACGGUAGGGUGGACGUCAUCAACAACAUGCGACAACUGUACACAUUUCUUGGAGGCCCGCCAUUCACUGAGGCUGACGUCAUGUUCUGUCUUGAGUCUGCCCAGCGGCGGCUGGUGUCAAGUAAUGUUUACGCCAACUUCUGACAGCUUCCACAACUGCACAACACUUCAUGUGACAUUACCAAUAAAACCAUACAUGCAUGUCUGUGAAGAAAGCAUGUAUGAAAUGUGAACUUUUCAUAUGUUUAAAUGUAUAUCUUUCAUGUACUGCUGGAUGUUACACUGAGAUAUGUUUGUUUCAGUGCUACCCAGUGUAUAACAUCUCUACACAUGCUACCAAAGCACAGUGGAUAUUGUCUGAAUUAUCCUUAUAUUUAUGACUCUAGACCAACUUAAAUAUAUAUUCACCUGCAUAAACUAUCACUAAAUAUUUGCUUGCGAUCAGAGCAAUAGUCACUGACAAGCUGUUGAACUAUCCCCACUUAACGAAACAUACAACAUACUACGAUAAGUUAUUGGAAAGUGGUGAAUGACAUUUGAGACUUCUGUUUCGACACUUCAGAUUAAAACAUGAUCAGCUAUUCAGAAAUGUCUGCAUCUGGAUAUCAGCAAGCACCGUUGUGCAACUUCACGCACAGAAGUGACAGUAUGCAUUGGCGAGUACAGAAGUAUCAAAAGAACAAUAUACGAGUGUACUUGGCGAACUUGCUGCCUAAGAACAUUUGCCUCUUGUAGUUCUUUUGUAAAGAAAAUUGUUUGUUUAUUUGUUGUUUAACGCCGCACUCAGCAAUAUUCCAGCUUUAUGACGGCGGUCUGUAAAUAAUCGAGUCUGGACCAGACAAUCCAGUGAUUGACAUCAUUUGGAUUGAUGACA